AUGCCUGUUGUUCCCUCAAAAAGCAGGGAUAAUGGAUCGCUUAUGUCUUUAGACCCCCAUAAUGUCCACAAUGACCACAAUGACCACUCGCAGUCCUUCCCAUUACGACCCAUAAACACCAAUGCUUCUACUGGUAGCUCCGCCCUACCCGUCGAUGUCUCAAACCCCACGUCGCCAACCUCUCCUUAUGAUACAAAUAGUACUACCUCCUUGUCAGGCUCGACAGAAGCUCCUAUUAGAACUCUUCGUUCCCCGUCCAGUACGAGCCAUGACUCCGACCACACUCGAAUCCACCCUAGCUCUAGUCGUGGAUCAAGGAUCAUGUCGAAAGCUCCCCUCUUGAUCCGUUCCUCACCCGGGUUUGGCACGGGGUCAUACGGAGCCGCUCCUAUCCAUCCCGAGAUUAGGGAUUCCGACAGCGAUGGCGAAGAUCUGGCGCCGUCAAGGAGACGAAGUAGUUCGGAAAGUUGCCGCUCCAGGAGGCGGUACUCUACCGACGCCAACCGCUCGGUAGGCAUCAGGGCGAGCGUAUCCUCUCUAAGCCGAAGAAGAAAGAGCUUAUCCGAAGAGAUCGGAGGGUCAACAGUAGUCGUUGGCCUCGAGGGUCGAUUUGGUAUUAGCGAUACCUCUUUAACAAACGACUUAGCUCCGGACUCGACGUCAAGUAGCUCCGCUAUAGGCGAUGAAGACGGUUCCGACGAUGCGAGCGAAGGAGACGACCCGGACCCUCCCGAUAAUUCACCUUACGCUCAAGUUCGAGCCUCUGUCUCACCAACCGAUAAUACCUCGUUAUCUAUAAACACUCCUCGCAUGUGGACAUUAUCCACAUUGUUCUCUAUACUUGGUUCUUCCACAAAUCUCUUCUUUUCCUUGAGAUACCCCAGCGUUGCAAUUACACCCGUCAUAGCGUUGCUUCUUGUUCACCCCCUUGGUCUUUUGUGGGACUAUUUUUUAAAACGAUCAGACGAUCCUCCAGAAGAGUUUGAGGCUGGAGUACGGAUAGAUAGGCUUACCUCCUCAAACGGCCAAGCGCCGACGACACCUAAGGAGAGAAGCCGUGCUGGACGCCUUCGUUUAUGGCUUGCCCAGGGGACUUGGAAUGAAAAGGAGCAUAGCUGCGUAUAUGUGAGCAGUAAUGUAUCUUUCGGGUUUGCAUUUGCAACGGACGUUAUCGUUGAACAAACACAAUUUUAUAAACAAGAUGUAGGCAUUGUCUACCAGUUACUACUCACCCUAUCGACACAGAUCCUAGGUUAUACCUUCGCCGGCCUAGCGAGACGGUUCCUGGUACGCCCGGCUGGAAUGAUCUGGCCUGGAACAUUAAUGUCCGCCGCAAUGUUUGCCACAUUGCAUAAAGAGGAAAACAAGCCCGCAAAUGGGUGGACGAUAAGCAGAUGGAAAUUCUUCUUCAUUGUCUGGAUAUCAGGCUUUCUCUUCUACUUCCUUCCCGGGCUAUUAAUGCCAGCACUAAGUUAUUUUAACGUCAUCACCUGGUUCGCUCCGGACAAUGUCGUAGUGGCGAACUUAUUCGGGGUUGUCUCCGGCUUGGGGCUCUUUCCGCUCACUUUUGACUGGGCACAGAUCGCGUACAUUGGGUCACCCCUCCUGACGCCUUUCUGGGCCGCAAUGAAUGUCAUCGGCGGAUUGGUAACGGUGAUGUGGAUUAUCGCACCGAUUGCGUAUUAUUGCAAUUUAUUUUAUUCGUCUUAUAUGCCGAUUCUCUCGGCGUCAGUGUUUGACAAUACUGGGAAGAUAUACGAUGUUAGCAAAAUCUUAACAGAAGAUUUUUAUUUCGACAGAACAGCCUAUUCGAAUUAUAGUCGGGUGUUUCUACCAAUCACCUAUGUCCUUAGUUACGGACUUCAAUUCGCCGGGCUCGCGUCACUCUUGACGCAUACUGCUUGCUGGCAUGGCAAGGAUAUCUAUGUACAAUGGAAGCGUUCAUUACAAGAAGUAGGGGAUGAGGACAGGCCGGUGUAUCAACCACUGGAGAGCGAUACCAACGGCGGCACUACCAAUCAACCCAACGUCACUAGGACUAGUUCCACCUUCGAUAAUAUUUUGAGCCACGAAGAUGUUCACAAUCGCCUUAUGAGGAGAUAUAAGGAUGCUCCGAUAACGUGGUAUUUGUUGACGUUUAUAUCGAUGACGGCGAUAGGCAUCUUCGUCGUCGAAUACUAUCCGAUACAUUUACCAUGGUAUGGUUUACUUCUUGCUCUCGGAAUAUGCGCUGUGCUCUUUAUACCUAUCGGUAUUGUCAUGGCUGUAACAAAUCAGCAUAGCAGUAUCUAUCUUAUCUGUCAACUUAUCUGCGGUGUCAUUUUUCCCGGCAGACCAGUCGCUAAUAUGGUCUUUGUGACCUACGGUUAUAUCUCGUCCGCCCAGGGCAUCAAGUUCGCAGCAGACUUAAAAUUGGGACAUUACAUGAAGAUUCCACCGAGACUUCUAUUCUCAGUUCAGAUGGUCGCAACAAUCGUCUCGUCAAUCACGCAGAUCCUCGUCCUCAACUGGAUGUUCCGUAACGUACCUGGAAUCUGCACGCCCUCGGCCAUCAACGGCUUUACCUGUCCGAUCGCCCGAGUCCACUUCAACGGAUCCAUCCUCUGGGGUGUCGUUGGGCCAGCCGAGUUUUUCGGUCCGAAUGCAACUUACCGUCCUCUAGUAUGGUGUUUUCUUAUCGGAGCCAUCGCACCGAUCCCAUUGUGGUUGUACGGCCGCAAUAAAAAGUCCAGUAUCGUUCGCAAGAUCAACUUGCCUGUCCUCUUCGGGUCUCUUAGUUGGAUCCCGCCAGCGACCGGGCUUAACUUUUCGGUCUGGGCUGUGGUAUGUUAUAUCUUCAAUUACUUGAUCAAGAACCGUGCAACAGCGUGGUGGGCCAAAUACACCAUGACUCUCAGCGCGGCGUUAGAUUCGGGUUUGGCAUUUGGCAUUGUUAUUGUCUUCUUCGGGUUUAUAUACCCAGGCUGGAUGGAAGGGUUCAGCUGGUGGGGAACGGAUGUGUAUAGACAAGGUUGUGACUGGCAGGCUUGCUCGUACAACACGGUUCCUAAUGGUAGUCAUUUCGGCCCAGAUAAAUGGUAG